AUGACGGAGACCAGGACCGGCCGGGAUCUAAGUAAUAACUAUAAAAGGGGGCAGCGAGGACUCGAGCGAUGGCUGGAGGGGAAAAUCGGCAAAAUUGCAGACACCGUCGCACUACUGGAGACCAGCCAGUGGGAUGCAGGGCCGUCCGCGGCUUUAAUUUCUUGUCGCAGGUAUAGAAGCAGCCGUAGAAAAGCGAUGGAAGCGAUGGCGAAGGAAGAGGAGCAGAUGGAUAGAUGGAUGGAGGGUGCUGGGUGUCAGUGCAGCUCCAUCGUCCUCACUAGUCGGGCGGUAGUGGAAUUGCAUCGUCCACUCUGCCUGGAUGCCCCUGAAUCCCGUCCCAUCCUCAAGGACGGAGCCGCAACCAAUGGGAAAUUAUACGAUCACGUGAGAGCGGAUCAGCCCCUGUUUUGGGUCUUUGUUGCCUUGCUGCCACCCCCCGCCCCUCUUUAUUGCCACCCGGCCACUCGUCUCUCUCUUAUUGCAGAUCCGAGUCCCAUCCAUCCAUCCAUCCAUCCAUUCAUACUUCUUGUCGUUGCACGACGCCGUCUCUAUUCUAUCUACUGA